UAGUGUGAUGCCGGUGAGCAGUUUAUUUUAGUGAGAGCAUCGAAACCAGAUGUGUUGUGACUUAUCUAAUUAUAAAAUCGUCAAAUAAACGUUACGGAAACGUCAAAUGAUGCAACCAACCGAACCAAAGAAUUCUAAAUGUGAACAAAAUUUUCGAUCGAAACAAAUCGGUUCAAAUCAGUCCUCAUGAGUGUCUCAAACAUUGGCAACGCUGCAGUUGUCUGAUCGAUCUCGUAUUUUAUUACUACAUGGAAAUUAAAUUCGUCUGAAUUAACGACAUAAUAAAAAACUACGCAUAAAAUCUUUGUUUUGACAUUUGUUAAUUUAUAGUGAAUUCCAUAAUAAAAUGACCACUUGUAACAUUACGUUUGAAAAUAACUCCAUGAAAAUCGUUCAUUCUGGACAAUCCAUACGGGGUGCGGUACAAUUAAAUUUAAACAGAGAUAUUAAUGUACGUGGAAUAUAUAUUCACAUGUAUGGUGGUGCCUACACAAGUUGGCGUGACCGUUUACAACUCUGCAAAACACAUGCGGACAACGAGGAUUAUUUGAAUCAACGAACAUAUUUGGUGGGCGCAACGAACGGUCACAUUCGAUUAGCAGCUGGAACAUAUAACUAUACAUUCAAUUGCAAACUCCAGUCUUCUCUCCCUACGUCCUUUGAAGGUAAACAUGGAUUUAUAAGAUAUACAGCCCUCGUUGUGGUAGACCAUCAAAAUUCGAAAGAAAAAACAUUUUCCGAACCAUUCACCGUAAUUCGUGACAUUAACUUGAACUAUAAUCCGGAAUUGCGUAAUCGAAUCAUCGUGGAAAAAGAAAAAUUGUAUAAACGAUCAUUGAUAUUAUUUUGUUGGUGUCCCGAUCCCAUAAAACUAAUUAUAAGAACGCCAGUGGCCGCUUAUACGCCAGGGCAAGUGAUAAAUUUGGACAUUAUUGUAGACAAUAAAAGUGCUGUGCCAAUAUCUAAUUUCAUCGCAUUAUUGAUUAGAGAAGUGACUUACACGAAACCCAGAGACAGCAAUGAUCAACGAGUCGAACGAACAACCAUAACUAAAGAGAUUGGUGACGGUUGUGACAAGUAUAAAAACAAAAUCAUUCUGCUGAAUAUCAAAGUGCCAUCAACUCCACCAACUGAUGCUACCGCAAGCAAUCUCAUUAAAAUUGAAUAUUACGUGCAUAUCAUUGGUACGAUGCCAUGUUGCCGUGCAAAUAUUCGAACAAAUUUUCCAAUCACAAUUGGCACAUUUCCACUUCGAAAUAAUAUGACGAUCCAAUCAAAUCAAAUGAGCAAUACAAAUAGUCCACAUUCAAGUCGAAAUGGUUUUUCAACCUCAUAUGAAGAUGAUGAACCGCCAAUCUACAAAGAAACUGUACAAUCUAAAGGCAAAGCAAACACAAAUUUUAAACCAAAAUACGCCGUCUUCAAUCACACUACAGCUUAUUCCAGAAGCAGCUGAAAAAUGAUAUAAAAAUUAAAUAAAUGAAUGAAUAAAUGAAAUAAAUCAACAGAACUUGUACUAUGUGCGUUU